UUCUCUGCGGCACAGAGAGGGAGAGUGAGAGAGCGAGAGGGAGAGGAAGAGGGCAGACAUGGCCGGGAGGAUUUCUUUAGUCUUGGCUGUCUUCCUGUCAUUGACGUUGAGGGUUGCAUAUUGCACCACCGACGUCUGUCUGACUGUCAAAUCUUACGGCUAUGACUGCCAUGACUACAAGGUGACUACAGGAGAUGGUUACAUUCUUACCCUGCAGAGGGUCCAUGCACCUCCUCACGGCGGCCGCCAUAGGCCGGACAAACCAGGACGGCCGGUGUUGCUUCAGCAUGGUGUCACCAUGGAUGGGAUGGCAUGGGUGAUGAACGGUGCAGAGCAAAGCUUGGCAUUCGCCCUGGCCGACGGCGGGUUCGACGUGUGGAUCGCUAACUCACGAGGCACCAGGUUCAGUAGGGGACACAACCAUCUAACUGCAGAUACCGACCGGAGUUACUGGUCAUGGACAUGGGUGGAGUUGGCAAACUUUGAUUUGGCUGCCAACGUUGAUUUUGUGUACAACCACACUGGACAAAAGGUUUACUAUGUGGGUCAUUCACUGGGCACCUUGACUAUGUUGGUAUCCCUUUCUCAACAUAAGUUGGUGGACAAAUUGAAAGCUGCCGCUCUCUUGACUCCAAUCGCUCAUCUCAACCAUAUCACCACAGGACUGCUCCAGCUUGGCGCAAACGUCUAUGGUGGUGAACUACUCAACUUGUUGGGCGUCUCUGAGUUUGUUCCUCGAAGUGAAACUGUAGAUCAUUUGCUGGAGAAAAUAUGUGUAGUUCAUAGCCUGGACUGCAGAGAUUUGUUCUCAGCCAUAACUGGAGACAACUGCUGUCUCAAUUCGACGGCGAUGGACUUGUUCCUGAAAUAUGCUCCUCAAGCAACAUCAACCAUGACCGUGGUGCAUUUUGCUCAAAUGGUCCGGACCGGAAAUGUGACAAUGUAUGACUUCGGAAAUAUCUUUGCCAACUUGAAGCACUAUGGCCAGUUGCGGCCGCCAGUGUACAACCUCGCCGCCAUCCCGGCGGACUUCCCCCUCUUCCUCAGCUAUGGAGGGAGGGAUGCACUGUCGGACGUUAAAGACGUAGGUCUCUUGCUUGAUGAGCUGCGUGAUCACCAGGAGGACAAACUCACGGUUCAGCUGAUUGAGGAAUAUGCACACAUGGACUUCAUCAUGGCCUACAAUGCCGGAACAAAAGUGAAUGCACCCGUCCUUGAGUUCCUCAACAACAACUGCCAGUGAUCUCGCCGUGAUCGAUCCCUCUCCGUCCUUACUUUCACGGCCAACAAUGCCGGAAGAGACCAAGUUCGCUCU